GGCACUCCUCACAAACACAUCCAUUUCCCUUCUUCUCCAGCUCCAUCGCCGGCCGGUGAGGGCAAGCUAGCAAGAGGCGAUCUCGCCCACUCAGCGCGGUUUGCUCUGUAAAUGUCUGGAGGCCUGCCCGGUUUCGUCGAGGUGUCGUCCGGGCUCGAGGUGGCAUUGGUUCCUGUCGUAGACGCUGUAGUCGUUUUCUUUUUGAAGCUGUGCUCAUCCCCGUCGCCGGAGAAGAAGCUGCGAGCUUGCACCGGAGGUUUCAUCAACGAAGGUUGAAUUGAUCUUCCUUUCAAGUAUUAUUACACAAAGAGAGAAACUGAAGAACUUCUAAAGGAUCUCAGGAAAAACAAACAAGACGAAACGUCAAGUUUCAGAAAGCUCACUGAAGAUGGUGAUGGCUCCGAACAGCAUCGACUCGAAGACCAUAUCACCCAUCACUGAAGAUGGGUCCAUGGACAGGCGUGGGAACCCGGCAGUCAAGGCAAAAACUGGGAAAUGGAAAUCUUCCAUCCUGCUUCUAGUGAACUACGGACUUGUGACAUGCGCCUUCUUCGGCGUCGGGGUGAAUCUGGUGGUGUUCCUCCGGAGGGUGCUCCACCAGGACAACGCCGAGGCUGCUAACAGCAUCAGCAAAUGGACCGGCACUGUCUACAUCUUCUCCCUCAUUGGUGCCUUCAUGAGCGAUUCCUACUGGGGCCGCUACAUCACCUGCGCCAUCUUCCAGAUGAUCUAUGUCACGGGCCUGGUGAUACUGUCGCUCGCUUCAUGGUUCCUGCUGGUGAAGCCGUCAGGGUGUGGCGACCCAGAGACGCAGUGCAAUCCACCGUCAACGGCAGGGGUGGCGUUGUUCUACCUGUCCACAUACAUGAUCGCGUUCGGGAACGGCGGUUACCAGCCAUCCAUUGCGACGCUGGGGUCGGACCAGUUCGACGAGACUGACCCGGACGAGGCGCGCUCCAAGGUGGCCUUCUUCAGCUACUUCUACCUGGCCCUCAACGUGGGCUCCCUCUUCUCCAACACGGUGCUUGUGUACUACGAGGAUGCGGGCCAGUGGGUCAUGGGGUUCUGGGUCUCCACGGGCGCGGCAACGCUGGCGUUGGUGCUCUUCCUCCUCGGCACCCCCAACUACCGCUACUUCAAACCCAGCGGCAACCCGCUGACCCGCAUCGCGCAGGUGCUCGUCGCUGCGUGCCGCAAGUGGCGCACCGACGCGCCGGCCCGCGGCGAGCUGCUCCAUGAGCUGGACGGUGACGAGGCGUACAGGGAGGCCGGCAUCCGGAAGAUCCUGCACAGCGACCAGCUCAGGUAUCUUGACAAGGCCGCGACGGUGACUGAGGAGGACUACUGCCAGCAGGAAAACUUGAAAAACCCAUGGAGGGUCUGCACAGUGACGCAGGUGGAGGAGGUGAAGUGCAUCCUGAAGAUGCUGCCCAUCUGGCUGUGCACCAUCGUGUACUCGGUGGUGUUCACCCAGAUGGCCUCAUUGUUCGUGGAGCAAGGCACCACCAUGAACACCAGCAUCGGGUCGUUCCACGUGCCGGCGGCGAGCAUGUCGGUGUUCGACAUCUUGAGCGUGCUGGCGUUCAUUGCCAUCUACCGACGCGUGCUGGUGCCGGUCAUGGCAAGGCUGUCGGGGAACCCGCAGGGGCUGACGGAGCUUCAGCGCAUGGGCGUCGGGCUCGUGAUCGGCAUGGCAGCAAUGGUGGUGGCGGGCGUGGUGGAGGUGGAGCGGCUGAAGCGGGUGCCCGCGUCCAUGCCGGAUCAGCCAAGCUCCCUGAGCGUGCUGUGGCAGGUGCCGCAGUACGCGCUGAUCGGGGCUUCUGAGGUGUUCAUGUACGUGGGGCAGCUAGAGUUCUUCAACGGACAGGCACCCGACGGUGUCAAGAGCUUCGGCAGCUCGCUGUGCAUGGCAUCCAUCUCGCUCGGGAACUACGUCAGCAUCAUGCUGGUCAGCAUGGUCACCACCCUCACCGCCGGGGACAGGAGGCCCGGCUGGAUCCCGGGGAACCUCAACUCCGGCCACCUCGACAGGUUUUACUUCCUCCUCGCUGCGCUCUCACUCGUCGACCUCGCCGUGUACGUGGCCUGCGCGAUGUGGUACAAGGGCAUCAAGCUCGACAGCAACGGAGAAAGGGGAAAAGUGGCCGUGCACGUUUAGGACUUUUGGCCCGUUAAGUAUUUCAGUGGGCUCGCUAUUUGCUCAGCAGAAGUGUAAUGGGUUGGCGAUCGGUUUUCCCAAAGUUAUUACAUAAUAAUAAGUGUGUCUGUCAUC